GCCAGUGCGCAGCCCCGCGCCCGCCCGCAGCCCGGACCGGAUCGCGGGCGCGGAGCGAACCCGGCCGACCGCCGCCCGCAGCCAGGAUUAAUUGGCUUCUUCCGUGAAAGGGGGACUCAUCUUCUUGGGAGCCCGAGGGGCUUUCAAGGCGCCAUGCUGCUGCUGCUGCUGCUGCUGGGCCUGCUGAGCCCGGCGGCCUGCGGGGCUCCGGGCCCGGCCCCGGGGUCCGCGGAGCUGCGCUCGGCCUUCUCGGCGGCGCGCACCACCCCGCUGGAGGGCACGUCGGAGAUGGCGGUGACCUUCGACAAGGUGUACGUGAACGUCGGGGGCGACUUCGACCCGGCCACCGGCCAGUUCCGCUGCCGCGUGCCGGGCGCCUACUUCUUCUCCUUCACGGCGGGCAAGGCGCCGCACAAGAGCCUGUCCGUGAUGCUGGUGCGCAACCGCGACGAGGUGCAGGCGCUGGCCUUCGACGAGCAGCGGCGGCCGGGCACGCGCCGCGCCGCCAGCCAGAGCGCCAUGCUGCAGCUCGACUACGGCGACGCGGUGUGGCUGCGGCUGCACGGCGCCCCGCGGUACGCGCUGGGCGCGCCCGGCGCCACCUUCAGCGGCUACCUGGUGUACGCCGACGCCGACGCGCCCGCGCGCGGGGGGCCGCCCGCGCCCGCGGAGCCGCGCUCGGCCUUCUCGGCGGCGCGCACGCGCAGCCUGGUGGGCUCGGACGCGGGCCCCGGGCCGCGCCACCGGCCGCUGGCCUUCGACACCGAGCUGGUCAACAUCGGCGGCGACUUCGACGCGGCGGCCGGCGUGUUCCGCUGCCGCCUGCCCGGCGCCUACUUCUUCUCCUUCACGCUGGGCAAGCUGCCGCGCAAGACGCUGUCGGUGAAGCUGAUGAAGAACCGCGACGAGGUGCAGGCCAUGAUCUACGACGACGGCGCGUCGCGGCGCCGCGAGAUGCAGAGCCAGAGCGUGAUGCUGGCGCUGCGGCGCGGCGACGCCGUCUGGCUGCUCAGCCACGACCGCGACGGCUACGGCGCCUACAGCAACCACGGCAAGUACAUCACCUUCUCCGGCUUCCUGGUGUACCCCGACCUCCCGCCUGCCGGCCCGCCGGGCCUCGGGCCGCCCGAGCUCUGAACCCCGACCCGGAGAGCCGCUCGGGGUUGGGUGGGGUGGGGUGGGGUGGGGUGGGGUGGGGUGGGGUGGGGUCGGGGCGUGCAUGCCGAGCCCGGACCCGCGGCCCGAACGCCCCGCCGGCGCGAGCAUGACGGCCCGUCGCGCGUGGCGGACUCUGCCAAUAAAGUGGGCCUGCGCCGGCGCCUGUCUGCCGGGGUCCUGCGCUUUGUCCUCACUGCGACGCUGUUGUCUUGGGGCUGGGCGGGAGAAGAGGGACCACCCCGGUGGGGGGUCGGCAGGCCGAGGGCAGGAUUCUCCCUGGGCGAGCGAGGUGAGAAUCUGAUUGGACCCUUCCUGUCCGGUCUAACUCCGCGUGGGUCUCCCCUCCAUGUCCGUUUCCAGUCUGUCCCUGUAGUUCUUCCCCGUUGAACUCCGAUGUGAUUUUUAGGGCCCAUCUAGUUCCUUUUCUGUGACAAGGGACAACACCCCGCGGCCUCACUGGGUGUAUGGGAUUCAAGGAAACGGUACCUUCACCACCGUAAGGGCGGUGGUGAACGCGGAAGGCAGCUGGUAUCUGGUUGCCGAUUCCUGCCUUCCCAGGAUGGGUAGGGGGGUUUGCU